AUGGCGGGGGAGAUUGGGGAUCUUAGGAAUCCAACGAGGAUUUUUUUUAAAUCCUCGAUUUUCAGCAUCGACUCGACGUUUCGGUCUCGUUUUGAGGAUGCAACGAGCAAUUCCUUGAGCGAUGAGCGAGUUCUUCUUAGCGGCGAUUCCGUUGCCGGUCGAUUUCAAGAACUAGGACAGAACUUUGGAGAUUCCAUCGAAGUGAGACGGCCGCGAGCUGCGAUUGCUUCUCCUCCCCUCCCGUUGCGGCUGCUCAUCGAGCUCAAAAGCUCCUCCAGAACCACCGCACGAUUCUCCUAG